AAAAAAAUAUUAAACAAGAUUUAAAAAUAAAUUAAUUAAAUUUUACAUUACGGAGUGCGCAUGCUUGUUUUUAUACGAAUUGUUUGAACCUGUCUUUGGGUUGCGAUAAUAUAAAAACAUUUUAAACAGAGUAAUUUUUUAAAAUAUUACAUCAUCGAAGAUCACGUGUUCUAUUUUAGAAAGAGAAAUAUUUUAGUGUGGAGAUAUAAAACAAAAUGUAAAGCAAGACAAUAAAGCUGAAUUAGAAAUUGAAAGGAGCAAAGAUUCACUUUGGGAUUGUUUAUUGUUACAUCACAAUGGAAUGUCCAGCUUUGCCUAAAGGAUGGAAGAGAGAAGAAGUGAUCAGAAGAACUGGAUUAUCUGCUGGAAAGAUUGAUGUUUAUUAUUAUAGAAGGAACAAAGAUCAACAUAACUCCUAUGGUUCCAGACUUACAGGACACACUGCUAAUGUCAAUCCUACUGGAAAAAAGUUUCGAAGUAAACCCCAACUGGCAAGAUAUUUGGGUGACACUGUGGAUCUCAGUACGUUUGAUUUUCGUACUGGCAAAAUUAAUUCUAUGCUCUUAAGGAAGAGUAAACGUCAAAGAGGAGCACAAUUUGAUUAUAGUAGAGGUAUACGAAAUGACACUUCUCUUGUUCCACCUAUAAGACAGACUGCUUCUAUUUUUAAACAACCUGUGACGGUGGUAAAAUCUCAAGAAAGUAAAGUUCGUACUGAUUUUAAACAUGGUCCGCAAGAAAAACCAAAACAGUUGUUUUGGGAAAAAAGAUUACAAGGUUUGAAAGCUUGUGAUGUUAAUGAAGAAGCAUUUCAAAGUUUUGAUUUACCAAAAAAUAUGAGAGGUGUAGGCCCAGAUCUGACUGAAGAAACACUUCUGCGCAGUAUUGCAACUGCUCUUCAUGUUAGUGCACAACCAAUAACAGGUCAAACAGGCUCCAAGUCUGGAUUAGAGAAAAAUCCUGGUGUUCAUAUUAAUCCUGAUCAACCCUUAGUUCAGGCAUUAGUUGUAACAGAUGAUGAUAUUAGAAAACAAGAAGAGAAAGUUCAUCAAGCAAGAAAAAAGUUAGAAGAAGCAUUAAUUGAGAUAUCUACUUGAG